UUGCAAGCUUGCAGCAGGGCUUUGGCUCUCAAUGAAGGAGCUCAGUAGAAUUGAAUGCUCGAAAAGGUUAUUUGAGGAGAAUGCCAGUUCCCGAGAUGUAGUUACCUGGAACUCAAUGCUAACGGCUUUUGUAAGAGACGAACAGAUUGGUGCUGCAGAGAAGCUGUUUGAGGAAAUGCCAGAGAGAGACGUGAUCUCAUGGAGUACGAUGAUCUCGGGUUACGUGCAGAAUGGGCGGUUAGAAGAAGGGUUGGAGUGUUUUAAACAGAUGAGAGAGAAGGGGAUGAGGCUAAAUGAGGCCACGUUAGUCUCAGUUCUUUCAGCAUCCGCACAAUUGGGUUUGCUCGAACAUGGUAGAUUAGUUCACUCCCUUGUAGAGUCCUUGAAUUUCCCGUUGACUGUUUCCCUUGGCACAGCUCUAAUUGACAUGUAUGCAAAAUGUGGAUGCAUCGAACAGUCUAAACUUUUGUUUAAAAAUAUGCCCAAGAAAGAUAUUUGGACAUGGAACGUUAUGAUCUGUGGAUUGGCCUCACAUGGCCUUGGGAAAGAAGCACUUGCAAUCUUUCAAAGGUUCAUUGAUGAGGGUUUCCAUCCUGUGAAUGUCACUUUCAUUGGUGUCUUGGGUGCCUGUAGUAGAGCUGGUUUGGUGAGUGAGGGAAGACGUCAUUUUAAGUUGAUGACAGAGAAGUAUAGCAUAUUACCUGAGAUGGAGCAUUAUGGGUGCAUGGUUGAUAUGUUGGGCCGUGCAGGUUUUUUAGAUGAAGCUGUUCAGUUGAUCGAGAAGAUGACGGUUCCACCAGAUCCUGUAUUAUGGGCAACACUACUUGGUGCUUGUAAGAUACAUGGAUCGAUAGAAUUGGGUGAGAAGAUUGGGAAGAAGUUACUUAAAUUGGAUCCAACCCAUGAUGGGCAUUAUGUACAACUAGCCAGUAUAUAUGCAAAAGCAAGGAAAUGGGAAGAUGUUAUUAGAGUUCGGAGAUUAUUGGUUGAGCAAAACACCAAUAAAGCUGCAGGUUGGAGCUUGAUUGAAGCGCAGGGUACAGUUCAUAAAUUUGUUGCAGGGGAUAGAGAGCAUGAACGUUCUCUGGAGAUUUACAAAAUGCUGGAGAAAAUUGGAAUACGAAUAGCAGAAUCUGGCUACUCACCAAAUGUUUCAUCAGUUUUGCAUGAUAUAGGGGAGGAAGAAAAGGAGAAUGCAAUAAAGGAGCAUAGUGAGCGGCUUGCGAUGGCUUUUGGCUUGCUUGUAACAGGGGCUGGGGAUUGCAUUCGAAUUGUGAAGAAUUUGAGAGUUUGUGAGGAUUGUCAUGGGGUAAGCAAGAUAAUUUCAAAGGUGUUUGAGAGAGAAAUUAUAGUGAGGGAUGGAAGCAGGUUUCACCAUUUCAAGGACGGAAAAUGUUCCUGCCUUGAUUAUUGGUAGCAGCCUUUGCUGUUACCUGCCUUUUUCAUUGAUAUUAUUCCUCAUCUUUUAUAUUUUUAUUCAGAGGCUGUUGCUUUAAAUAACUUGAGGAGGGGAUAAUCUUGUCCGAUUA